AAGCUCCGCUUAUCCCCGGCGGAAGAACGGACCAAGCUUCACCUAGCCUAGACAGUUGGCAGCCUCUAGAUCAAUCUCCAAAUCAUCCUCAAAACAUCGUGAACUACACAGCCAGGGUUGUUCAUCGUCGCGCAUUGUUCUGGAGCAGUGGAUUCGAUUCCUCGCGUGUUUAUUUCAACGCUCUGACAGUACUUGGGCCCAGCGACAUCAUAGCCCAUCAUGUCUGAGCGAAAAGUCCUCAGCAAAUACUAUCCGCCGGACUUCGACCCGCGCCAGCUCACGCGCUCGCGCGGUCCCAAGCAAGUCGGCCCCAAAGUCCAGACGGUGCGCCUCAUGGCGCCCUUCAGCAUGCGCUGCACCACGUGUGGAGAGUACAUAUACAAGGGACGCAAGUUCAACGCGCGGAAGGAGACCCCGGAAAACGAGAAAUACCUGGGGAUCCAGAUCUUCCGCUUCUACAUCCGCUGCACCCGCUGCUCGGCGGAGAUCACCUUCAAGACCGACCCGAAGAACGGAGACUACGCGUGCGAGCGCGGCGCGAAACGCAAUGUCGAGCCCUGGAGGCAGAACACCGCCGACGAGACGGACGAGGAGCGCCUCGAGAGGCUCGAGAAGGAGGAGGAAGAGAGGAACGCCAUGGUAGAACUAGAAGCGAAGACGGUGGAUGCCAAGAGGGAGAUGGCCGUCGCAGAUGCGCUGGAUGAGAUCAGGACGAGGAAUGCGAGGUUGGAAAGGUCAGAAAGGGACGGUGUGGAGUUCACAGUUGCCGAGCCGGAGGAUGACGACGUGGCCCGGCAGGACAGGGAGGAUGAGGAGGCUGCUAAAGCCGCGUUCAAAAAUGCCAGGCAACUGGAUGAUGCGAUCGUGGACGAAGUCCUAGAGGAUGUUGUUGCGGAUGGGGACAUGCUGCCUCCACCGCUGCCGAGUGCCAGAAAGGCGCCGCCGCCCAAGAAGAAGACUGGGCCGAUGUUGUUAGGCAUCAAGAAGAAGGAGCCGCACCCACAAUCACAGCCCCAACUGCAGAGUACCAAGCAGCCAGAGAAGAAGGCAGUUGCCAGUCUGGUCAGCUAUGAUUCGGACUCGGAUUAAGCGGGUGUCCAAUGUAGUGCAGACUACAAGGCACGGCAGCGCGCGACUUGGUUCAUGUUAACGGAGUUCAGUGCACAGCAUAGGUUAUAGGCGUUCAGGAUUGAUAUUCGCAACUGGUGUUGCUUUACGAGUUUGGAAGAUACCACAUUACUUUCCAUGUCAUGAUAGUUACCGAAAUACAUCACACGCACGCGUGGUUAGGGGCCGUUACGCAAUAAAUUCACAGUAUAC